UCUUUGACUACAUGCGACGUUGCUAAGCAAGCUAUUCGAAAGGCCACGAACAUCGGUACUGGAUUUUAUUAACAUUAGUUCUCAACUCAAGUUAGGUUGAACGGUAGAAAAUUACACACAAAUUAUCAAAAUGAGUGUUAGGUCUUAUAAUCCAUCUGUACGAGUGGGCAACUGGAAUGAGGACACAUGCUUAGAAGAGGACAUGGUGAAAGACUUUCUGGAAAAGAAAGAAAAGGGAGAACUGCUCAUCCAGAAGGCAUCUAACCUACGGAGUACCAUUUUGAAACCAAGCGAUUUGUCCGUCACUGUGGAUGGAUUUGUCCAUUUUGGAGACACAGUGGUGAUCAUGAAUGAGGCAGCUGCAGACCAAGUCCGUACCCAGCCUGGAGUGGAGCCACGUCAAGCUAAUGUUCUGUCUGUCAACAUGUCAGAGACCAAGAUGCAUGAGACCAUGAGGUUUGAAGGAACCUGUACAGCCUCGGCAAGCAAGAGCCUCAAUCCUUGUGUCAGGAACACCUUUGUUAUCGCACCGGCACAAGAUGGCAUCCCACCUGGAAGCCCUCUCACUUAUGGUCAGCACUUCAGACUCUGCACUCUCCCUGGUGUAGGAGGCAAUCUUGUCCUGCAAAGCGACAGAGUGUCCUUCCAUGCCUCAGCUGAGAAGUCCAGAAAGCAGCUUAUUUCCUUUGUAGAUGAGGUCCAGUCUCCUUACCUGACAGAGUGGCGUAUCCUCUGCUUCAAUCCCCAAAUCAGAAUGGAAUCGGAAGGAUUGCCCGUCCCUGCUAACCAGAGAAUCAUUUUCAACCACUGCAAAUCAAAUGAGGAUCUGUGUGUUGUUAGUGGUAUGUCAGUGAGAACCCCAUUUGGCAGGGAGUAUGAGGUAGUGGCCCACACAGAUUUGGACUCACACAGAGCAGAGAAGGAUGUUAACCAUUGGAUUAUCAAGACUGGUGAACCAGCACAACCCACCACGUUGGCCAAGACUUUGCCCGUAGGUGAUCAACAGUGAGAUCUCAUGAGAUGUGGUCUCUACCAUUCACACCUUAAAGAAUAAAUGAAGGAAAGAUUGAUGUCACCGACUAUUCAAGCUUGUUUUUGUCUUGUAUUUAUUAUCAUAUGAAGUUAUAUCACGAUGCUCAAUUUAGAUAAAUAUUUCAAUAAAAUUCAGGUGUUGCAACUUUAAAAUUGUAAGUCAAGAGGAUUUAAUGAAAAUGUAUUAAAAUGAAUGAUUUAUGCAUCACCUUGAACUGCUUACAGAAUAUGUAUAUAGAUGUGAAUUUAUAAAUAUGUCAUCAUUUUAUUUGAUAUUCCUUUUUAUCACAUGUUCUGAGUGUCAAAAUACAUAAUUUAGAGAAGGUGGUUUACAUAAUGGAUUUUUGAAUGUAUGUUCCUGUACCUUUAUUUAAAAAAUGUUAAAUGUUGUUCUCUUGAUAUAAUUUAUGACAAAAAGGUGCAAUGCAAUUCCGUCCUGAAAAGUGUAGACUGAACAUGAACUGAACAUGAACAUCUUCAUCUACCAUGUAUCACAUUGUCACAUGGUACCACUGUACAUUCACUUUCUGUGAAUCCAAUGGAAGUACAUACACUUUUUUUUGCUGAAAGUUGAAUUUGAUUACUGUAAAAGGUGUAGUGUGUUCAGAUUUGAUCAGAAUUAAUCAAAUUGUUUAAUGCCAUGGAAUUGUGCAUGUAUGAUUAAAUUAAAUCUGAUUUAUGUUUGUUUUCAUAUUCAGAGUUACCACUGCUAUUUAAUUGAACAUUUUAUAUGUUGAAUAUAUUGAGCACCAGCAAAUAUUGUGAAUGAUUGGAGUACAUGUUUAUAAUAUUGCUUACUUUAAUAACUAUUCUAUAUUGUUCUCUAGCUAUGCACACAUUUAUUUGGUUCUAGUUUGAUUGCUUCCACUGUCUCAUGAUCAAUACAUCGAAUAUGCAGGCUUAUGCCUUACAGUAUUUUGCAGUGUAUUUUUAACUGUCACAUUUUGUUUCAUUUAUAUUCAUUCAUGUCAAUUCUAUGCAUAAUAUAUUCUUCAGUAUUUUCACAGCAGUAAUUUUCCCACCAAACAUGUAUUAAUAUGAAAUAAUUAGCAGUAUUUGUGCUGCCACUUCAGCCACAUUCAGAUGAGAUAUGGUAAACUACCCUAACUAACCAUGCCACAAAAUGACAUUAAAUAUGUGUGGGUGUUAUAGGUUACAAUUUUAUACAUAAAAAUGUAUAGAUUUGUGACCCAUGCCACAAUAAACGAGGAUCUAUUUUUAGACAGUACUUGUCUGACAUGUAAAGUGGUGUUUGGCGCCUUUGUAGUUGGAGUGAGACAUUAGCGCUGCUUCUGACUGCAGAGAGGGAAAUGGCAUAAAUAUUUCCUUAAUCACUCACAUUUCAAAUGAACAGUAUAUGUCUCAGUUUCAUGAAACUUACACACAAGGGUUAUCAAAGAUAAUGUGGAACAAAUGUCAGGUAAAAAAAAAUGAGGUCUUACACAAUUAACCUUGGGUUAAAUAUUGAUCUACAGGUAGACAAAAUCUGCAAAAAGGCUUUCUAGGUAAACCAAUUUUGUGCAAUGUUGUGGCUCAAAAUACAAUUUUCUUAAAUUCUUGGUGCACCUAUAUAUUUGGUGUUGGAAGUUGGUAUCCUUUAGAACAGAAUUUGUCUGUAACCGAUAAAUGAUCCCUUUUUUCAAGCCAUGAUCUUACCUGAAUUUAGGGGACGCAUAUUUGAGACUGUCUCAUUUGUCUUUUUUCUUGAUAAAGUUCUAUACAGGUGAUUUUUUUCAGAUUCUUCUUUGCUUUGUGAAUUGAGAAAUGCACCACAAGAUCAAUGGAAUUAGUAUUGUACAAUUAUAUACAUUGAUGACUUGUUUUAGCAGUAAUAAAAUGCCUAAUACAUAUGUGGUUUAAAACGAAUAAGGAGGAAGAAGACUGCACAAUUUUAAGAUGUUUGAUUGUUGUAUGUUGUCAAUGUAGAUCACGUGUACAUUCAGAUAAGAUAUUGCAUAUUUUCAUUUUAUCAUUAUUGUUAAAUGUAAAUACAGUUUAAUUAAAUUACUAUAAAGAUAAACAAA